GACACGGGAGGGCGUGCGCGCGCGGCUGCCGCUCUGAGCUACCAGAGGCGGAUGAGAGGACAGAGAGAGGGAGGGGCAGGAACCAACGACCGCAGGAGGAGGAGGAGAAGGGGUUGUGCUCCCGGCCUUGAGAGGAGAAAGGGGCGGGGCCGGCGAGCAGCGUGUGGAGGUGCCGAGCUCUUGGGACCUGCCGGCGCGCGGGGGUCUGUGGCCCUCGUCGUCCCAGUGGCCGCUGCCGUCGCUUGGUCGCCGUCGGUCUGCGGGAGGCGGGUUAUGGCGGCGGCGGCAGUGGGAGCUGUGAAUGAAUUCUCCGGGUGGACGAGGAAAGAAAAAAGGCUCCGGCGGCCCCAGCAGCCCGGUGCCUCCCAGGCCUCCGCCCCCCUGCCUGGCCCCCGCCCGUCCCGCCCCCAGGCCGGCCCCGCCGCCGGAGUCGCCGCAUAAGCGGAACCUGUACUACUUCUCCUACCCGCUCUUCGUAGGCUUCGCGCUGCUGCGUUUGGUCGCCUUCCACCUGGGGCUCCUCUUCGUGUGGCUCUGCCAGCGCUUCUCCCGCGCCCUCAUGGCCGCCAAGAGGAGCUCCCCGGCCGCGCCGACGUCGGCCUCAUCCCCGGCGCCAGUGCCGGGCGGGGAGGCUGAGCGAGUCCGAGCCUUCCACAAACAGGCCUUCGAGUACAUCUCCGUUGCACUGCGCAUCGAUGAGGACGAGAAAGCAGGACAAAAGGAUCAAGCUGUGGAAUGGUAUAAGAAGGGUAUUGAAGAACUAGAAAAAGGAAUAGCUGUCAUAGUUACAGGACAAGGGGAACAGUGUGAAAGAGCUAGACGCCUUCAAGCUAAAAUGAUGACUAAUUUGGUUAUGGCCAAGGACCGUUUACAACUUCUAGAGAAGCUGCAACCAGUUUUGCAAUUUUCCAAGUCACAAACAGACGUCUAUAAUGACAGUACUAACUUGACAUGCCGCAAUGGACAUCUCCAGUCAGAAAGUGGAGCAGUUCCGAAAAGAAAAGAUCCCUUAACACACACUAGUAAUUCACUGCCUCGUUCAAAAACAGUUACGAAAGGUGGAUCCACAAGCCUUUCAGGCCAUCACAGAGCACCCAGUUGCAGUGGUUUAUCCAUGGUUUCUGGAGUGAGACAGGGACCUGGUCCUGCAACUGCCACUCAUAAGAGUACACCAAAAACAAAUCGAACAAAUAAACCUUCCACCCCUACAACUGCUGCUCGUAAAAAGAAAGACAUGAAGAAUUUUCGGAACGUGGACAGCAACCUUGCUAACCUUAUAAUGAAUGAAAUUGUGGACAAUGGAACAGCUGUUAAAUUUGAAGAUAUAGCUGGUCAAGAAUUGGCAAAACAAGCGUUGCAAGAAAUUGUCAUUCUUCCUUCUCUGAGGCCUGAGUUGUUCACAGGGCUUAGAGCUCCUGCCAGAGGAUUGUUACUCUUUGGUCCACCUGGAAAUGGGAAAACAAUGCUGGCUAAAGCAGUAGCUGCAGAAUCGAAUGCAACCUUCUUUAAUAUAAGUGCUGCGAGUUUAACUUCAAAAUAUGUGGGAGAAGGAGAGAAGUUGGUGAGAGCUCUUUUUGCUGUUGCUCGAGAACUUCAACCUUCUAUAAUUUUUAUAGAUGAAGUUGAUAGCCUUUUGUGUGAAAGAAGAGAAGGAGAACAUGAUGCUAGUAGACGUCUAAAAACUGAAUUCCUAAUAGAAUUUGAUGGUGUACAGUCUGCUGGAGAUGACAGAGUACUUGUAAUGGGUGCGACUAAUAGGCCACAAGAGCUUGAUGAGGCUGUUCUCAGGCGUUUUACCAAACGGGUAUAUGUGUCUUUGCCAAAUGAGGAGACACGACUACUUUUACUUAAAAAUCUAUUAUGUAAACAGGGAAGCCCAUUGACCCAAAAAGAACUAGCGCAACUUGCUAGAAUGACCGAUGGAUACUCAGGAAGUGAUCUAACAGCUUUGGCAAAAGAUGCAGCGCUGGGUCCUAUCCGAGGUGAGAUGAGAAAUAUUCGAUUAUCUGACUUCACUGAGUCCUUGAAAAAGAUAAAACGCAGUGUGAGCCCUCAAACCUUAGAAGCAUACAUACGUUGGAACAAGGACUUUGGAGAUACCACUGUUUAAGGAAAUACCUUUGUCAGCCUGCAGAAAAUGUUGUUUUCCAAGAGAAACACCAUCUUCAAUGCAUAGUUAUCAACUACAAGAAACCCAGCCUAAGUUUACAGGACUUUUCAGAGUCUUAUAAUUAUUUGUGCAUCCCAGAAGAUGAACCAUAAAACAAAUUUAAAUAAAAUAUACAAUGCACAUGGAAUAUUUUGUUUAAGGCCUUCUUGCCUUUGAUGGUCAUGGUUAUCCCGAUGGGCACUGUAAGUCAGAGCACAAUAGAAACUGAUUAUGGUGUUCUUUACCAAUAUAAUCAUAAUGUAAAUAAUAACUUGUAUAUUGUGUUGCAGACAAAAGUACUCCAGAGACAGUAAGUAGUAGAAGACACAAGAGCUGUUGGUUGGUUGUCUUUUGACGUCUUUUCUUAAAAUAGUAAUUUUUCCUAUUUUCCUUUCCUACUGUUGUCUUUACUGUGGGUGAUUAGAAUGCCAAACACUCUUAAGAUCCUUUUUUUCCCCUUUUCUGUUUACAAAUCGUGUGCCAAAAGAAACUUUUUUCUGUGUAAUAGUAAUAGGAGAAAGAAUUUUGAAGGCUUUUUCUUCAUAAAUCUACAGACAUUAAACAAUUGUGUUCUUUUUACUUUUUAUUUUUCCAGUACCUUUCUACCAAAAAAUUUAGAAAGCAAUAUGAUAGCAGCAAAACAAAUCUUGUAAAAUAGAGAAGCUUGGAAGUUUUGAGUCACUCUGUCAUACAACAUGUAGAUCAAUCCUCAUGUGACCUGCAGUAUUCUUUUUCUAAUAUAUGUGUCAAAAUCUGUUGUAGACUGUUAACUUACUCCUAAUGGUAUUUAUUUCUGCUAUAAUUACUCUAAUAUUUAAAAAAGCCAAUUUUAACAGUUGUAAAAAUGAUCCCUGUGCAAGAGAAGGGAAGUACUGGAAGCUAAGGCAUUUCUAAUUUAUUGCUUAUUACUUUCUUACUGUUUACAGGAUAAUGAUAAGCCAGUGGAUCUACCAUCUUUUAUUCUUAAUAAUUAUUAAUCCCUUCAAUGAAACUUUAAAAACUUACUGAAUUUUUAUACAUUGCAUACAUUUUAUAGGUUUCUUGUGCUCACUUUGUUAACAAAAAAGUUUCAGUCUGUUAAUCUGCCUUUUGUUCCCUCAAAAUGUACAGUAAUUUCAUUUCUUGUUUGUAUAAGUAUGCCUGGAUUUUUAUUAUAAAAAUGUCAUUAGGAAGUACAGACUCAUAUCAUGGCCUUUUAAACGUUGUAAUAAAGGCAAAUGGAUAUUUGCCCUUAGUUUACUGGUUAAAAGUUUGUUUACAGAAAUUUUCUUUGGUGCUUUUAUGUGAAAUGUCAUGGGCGGAAAGAGUAAUUUCAUAGUAGUAACAAAGCUUUUUCAUUUAGCAAAAAUAUCUUUGGUUUUGAGAGAACAAAUGAAAAUUAAAACCUAGCCCCUAUUAGAUAAGAAUUUUAUAAUGAAGACAUACAUUCUUAAUUUUACUCUUGUUAAAUAUACAAGAUGUAUAAUUUCUUAACAUCAUAUGGAGUUUGUAGGCAUAAUUUAAAUCAUGUCUCUUCUAAUCAUGACUUCAGAACACCCUGGAUAAUAAAAAUGAGAGUUACAGUUGAGAUAAAUUAUAAAAAAAAUUUAAGCCAGAACCAUGCAUAUUUCUGAGGUCCUAAGUAGUAUCUUUUUAAGGGCUCAAACAGUAAUGCAUCAAUUACAAAAUAUUGAUAAUCAAAGGUAAUGAUGAAAUAAAUAUACAUGAUGACAAGUAUUGGGAACAUCCCAGAUUAAAACAUGUUCAGUAAAGCUCAUAAAAUUUUUUUUUGUAUUUUCAUUUAGAAAAGGACUAAUGUUACUGAUACUUGGAUAACUGUUUAGUCAUAGUAAAGGUCUGUGCUUCAAGCUCAACUUCUAAAAUAUAAUCUUUAAAAUUAUCAUUCUAUCUGCAAUAUUUUAAUGUAGCUCACUAUUUUAUUGGGAAAGUUUUUAAGUAACAAAGAUUUCAAAUGUUAAAAGAUGUAAAAGUCAAGUUAAUAUUGUCAUAAACAUUGAGUCAGAGAAUUAUAUUACUGUAUGAAUAUCCAUUCAUGUACAGAAGUUAUUUUACUUUCCUGAUAAAAUCUGAAGUUGAGCUUAGUGUUAGAGACUUAUUUUCUAUGACUUACUAUGACCAAGUUUUAUUUUAAGCUGUGUUUCUUUCAUAGAAGGGCCAUGAAAAUAGGAUAAUGAUAUAUAGUAGGAAGCGUAAGAGUGUAGUUUGGUCUUUUUCAAUAAAGAUAGAAGUUGCUGAGGUUUUCUGAAUUAAUAUUAGACUUAGAUUGUAAACUUUCAGAUUUUGCAAUGAGCUCUGUGUCAUAUUACUUCCUAAAAGGAAAUGCUUAAACAUUAAAUUUUAGUGUGCUCUUCAUGUUAAUAUGGCAGAGUUUUAUAAACUAAAUUAAAACUUAUUGAUGUACUGAACUUGAAGCCAAGGGAAAGAAUCGAUAUUAACUUUCAAGGUAUCUUAAGGGUAAAAACUUACUCUAAGACAGUUUGCCCAUUGAGGUUAUCAGAUUUCUGACUUGCAAAUGUUUUGUGCUUGGGAGGAAUCGGAGGAAAAGCAGAUGCUAGAAUUCUAAUUUAAGUAAAUAUACAGUGGUCUUUGUUUAUAAUGUAAAAUUCUUUAUAUUUUGUACAAAAACUAAUUCUUUUGGUAGAAUGAAUCAUUUACAGUUUGUUUUUGGACUCUGAGUCAAAGGAUUUUCCUUUAAAUGCUUGUCUCAAUUUUAAUCUGGUCUUUUGUACUUCUGAAGAAAUGAACUAAAAGGUUCAGUUGCAUAAAGUGGGUUUUAUCCUAAUGGAUUGGAAAUAAAUUAUAAACUUUA